AUGUCUUUCCGCGCUCUCUUGCUCCUUGUCCUCGCCCCAGUGGCUGCGGCGGACACGCCGGACGUGCCUGCUUCUGACUGGUGUGCCUGGAUCCCCAUGAGAGCACUUGAGUUUGUCAGCGACUGCCAGGGCAACGGCACGGCCACCAGCCAAGUUCCAACUACGCAGGGUUGUGCCGAUUGGUGCCUGUGGGUGCCGGGGCCAUCAUGGAAGAGCAUUGACCUCUGCUACCUUUGCGCAGUCAGCGAAGCCCCGCCUGCGGAUGCAUCGGAGGCCAACGUCACAGAGCCAGCUGGCCAUGCGCAAGCUGAAGCGAUCGGAGAGCCCAAGCCAGAGAGUGCACCGACCAACCUCAGGGGUAAGUCUCUGUUCAGCUACCCGAACUGGUGCAGCACGAUUCCAUGGGGAAGCCUACAGUACGUGCCUGAGUGCCGCGGCUACCGUGGCUCCAGCAAUGCCAUCUACUAUGGCCCUUCCUGCGUGAACUGGUGUCAAUGGGUUCCGAGCCCUUCCUGGCAGUAUGUCUCUUCAUGUCUUGGCUGUGAUGGACAGCCGCGGCAGGUAGGGGGACCGGCCGGGCCGUAUGGAGGAGGCUGUGCCAACUGGUGCCAAUGGGUUCCGAUGGGUUCCUGGCAGUACACAUCCGGCUGCUCUGGCUGCUUCUGA